CCUAAUUGGAGAAAAAAAGAAUCGACAGUCAUGAGAUCAUUUGAACUUAUUUUUUUCAUCGACAAUUCAACUCCACCAAAGGAGUCAACCAAAGUGGAAGUUUGAAACCACCAUGUUUAAACUAAUCAAAUCAAAUCCAUUGUUGUCGCAAAAACCUUGUAAAAUUAUCUAUGGCUUCUCUAUCUAACUGUACCGUCCUGUUUACUCUACUGCUACUUUUUGUGCGCUGUAGUGCUCGACGUUCAUAUCUCUUUCCUAGCAUAGACCAUAGUUCUUCAAAGCGGCCUUUGCAGACUUCACGACCUUACAACCUUGCACAUCGAGGUUCUAAUGGAGAAUUUCCUGAGGAAACUGCGGCUGCAUAUUUGAGGUCAAUACACGAAGGUGCAGACUUCAUAGAAACGGACAUCCUAUCGUCUAAAGAUGGUGUACUUAUAUGUCACCAUGAUGUAAUUUUAGAUAAUACUACCGAUAUAUCCGAUCACAAGGAGUUUGCCGACCGCAAAAGGAUCUAUGAAGUCCAAGGAUCUAAUAUUACUGGGUUUUUCACUGUUGAUUUUACUUGGAAGGAACUUCAAACUCUGAGAGCUAAGCAGAGAUUCUCGUUUAGGGAUCAACAGUAUAAUGGAAAAUUUCCUAUUAUUACGUUUGAAGAGUACAUUGACAUUGCACUUGAUGCUCCUAGAGUUGUCGGGAUAUAUCCGGAGAUAAAAGAUCCCAUAUUUAUCAAUAAGCAUGUGAAAUGGCCUAAUGGAAAGAAGUUCGAGGAUGUUUUUAUUGAUACCCUUAACAAGCAUGGUUACAGGGGUUCGUAUUUAUCAAAAGAUUGGCUAAAACAACCUUGUUUUGUUCAAUCAUUUGCUCCAUCAUCGCUCGUCUACAUAUCAAAUAAGACAGAUCUUCCCAAAAUUCUCUUGAUUGGUGACACAGCUUGGCGAACUGAAGAUACUAAUCAGACUCUCUGGAAUGUCACUUCUGAUACGUACUUUGAUUACAUAAAAAAUUAUGUCGUUGGUAUCGGGCCAUGUAAGGAUGUUAUCGUUCCAACGGUAAACAAUCAUCUGCAAUCCCCAUCAGAUCUGGUUGUCAGGGCACAUGCUCAUAGUCUCCAGGUUCAUCCUUAUACCUUUCGAAAUGAGAAUCAAUACCUUCACUUCGAGUUUUAUCAAGAUCCAUACCAAGAAUUUGAGUUUUGGAUAAACAAAAUGAAGGUGGAUGGCCUCUUUACAGAUUUCACAGGAAGCCUUCAUAGCUUUCAAGAAUGGACAUCUCCUCUCUCUCGGAAUGGAACUAUGAUCAGGGUGCGGGGAGGGAAAGAAGGCAACAACUCAUACCCAUAAAGAAGAGUGCGGCCAAAGAGUCCCUCAUCUUGAGACAGAUUUACAACUCCUAUUUACAUUGUAACACCGUUUUGAAUGGUUUUUGUUUGUUCAUUUAGUUGUAUAUUAUCAUGUUGUUAUUUUCCUUUCCAGGGGAGCCAUGUUGAAAAAGCUCAUCCUCCACUAUACUUUUGUAAAAAGAAAAGAAUAGUAUAAACUUUGUUCCUGUACUUCAGAUUGAGAAUAUUGAACACUAUAGUACAUUUGAAAGACAUGAA